AUGGGUAUCAUUUACCAUCGUGAUCUUUGUUGCGACGGCUUUGACAACUGCAGAAACUGCUACUCGACAUGGAAUAAUUGGGGUCGUUGGGUGGCUUUUGCAGUCAUCGUAGGAACUGGUCUCGUAUUUUUCUUUCUCUUUGCCUGCUUUAAUGCUCGACGUCGCCGUGCUCGCGGUCAAACCCCAAUUUACGGAACACAUUGGAUGGCACCACCACCUUAUAGACAGGGCGACUAUCAACAAGCACCUCCUCAAUAUCAACGACAAGAUCCGAACCAAGGGUACUAUGCUCCACCUCAGCAACAAUAUCCGCCGCGUCCACAAGGCCCUUACGGCGGACAACAAGAGAAUGGAAUCGAGCUGCAACAACCUCCGACUGCUUAUCACGGCGGAGAGCCAGUUUAUGCGCCACCUCCGGGACCACCACCAGCCAAGAACUAG